AGUUGUGUUGAGGCAGACAGCCGUUGCUCCUGACCCUUCGUUUUUCGCCCUCACACUCUCCGUGGAGCUCAGCGAAGGGUGAAUAUUUUUGGUCACUUGUACUUCAGGCGGAGGGCAGGCUCUGGGACAGCAUCCAGUACCGUACGACACGUGUAGUUAGCUGACACGCAGCCAUGCUGAAAGCGGGCGCCACCAAGGUGGGGCUGCCCAAGCCGGGACUCCAGGAGCGAGCCAGGCAAGCCUCCUUGGUCCCCUCCUCCUCCUCCUCCACCUCCACAGCAAUGAAGACCACUAGAUCCUCCAGCCUGCUCGCCUCAGACCAGCGCCUCAGCAGGCUGAAAAGAGCCAGCAGUGAUGAUGCCUUGACGAAGCCUGCACUGGGAGCCACUGCCUCUGGCUCCCGGAUGAGGAAGACUGUGACCACCGGAGCCAUCUCAGAUCUGGCUGAGGCCCGUCCUCGCAGCACAUCUGGUGCUCAAGCAACCAAGAAGUCCGGUAUCCCAGCCCCGAGAGAAAUCCCCUCCACCAUAACAAGAGAUCGCAUCUCUCUGAGGGACCAGCUGAGGAGCUCCUCCAAUAAGAGGAUGGUUUCCAGUGCCAGUACUUCCAGCCUCUCCACCCUGGCAAAGCAGACGCGUAGUACGACCAAGGCCCGUGGAGAUUUAGAGGGCCAAGAAAAAGGCCUUCUGGAGUGCCAGGUGAAAGAGCUGCUGGCCGAGGCCAAGGCUAAAGACUUAGAGAUCAGCAAUCUCAGGAUGGAGUUGCAGCGCUGCAAAGGUAAAGCCUCCACUGCUUCGGCUUCACCCUCACACAACUCUAUCUCACGCCAAGAGUCUGCUGCCGAUCGAGAGCAGGGACAGGUGACGGAGGCCCUUGUUCUGGUCGGGGAGCUGAGGGAGAAGAACGGGAAGUUUCAGAGAGAGCUGGCAGCGCUCAGGGAGGAGAACCAGGUGCUGAAGGAGAAGCUGCUCUGCUUGGAAGCUUCUCCGCUCUCCAGAACCAGCUCCCCCUCCAAGCCUUUGGUGAAUGGCCUCCCCUCAGACUCCAACUCCUCAGCUCUACAACAAGACAGUCUCCCUUCUACCACCAGCCCACUCAAAACCUCUGUCUCCUCCAGCUCUGACAUCACCAAGGACUCGCCGUCACCUGACUCGUCAGAGUUUGAGAAGAUCCCGUCGUGCUCAGAAUCGGUGAGCAGUGGUGUAAGCGGUGAAGUCGUUGCAGCAGGGGCGGUAACCAAUGCACAGGGGCAGGAUGUGUCGGUGCAGAGCCUAACAGAACAGAUUCACAAGAUGGAGGAGAGCCACCACAGCACGUCAGAGGAGCUGCAGGCAACUCUGCAGGAGCUAGCCGACCAGCAGCAAGUGGUGCAGGAGCUGACGGCAGAGAACGAGCGUCUGGCUGAGGAGAAGCGCCUCCUGCAGACCUCACUUCAACAGCAGAGAGAACGUCUGGAGGUGCUGGCCCAGAAGAAUGAGGCGCUGGCUGUCCGACUUCAGGAGCAAGCCCAAAUUCAGGCCCAGAAGGAGGAGGAGCUGGGCAGCCAAGGGCCUCGGCUGGCCGAGCUGGAGCAGAGGUACGCCGAGUUGGUGGAGAGCUCACGCUUUGAACGGGAGAAGCUGGUGGACAUCCAGCAGCAGCUGACAGGCAGCCUGCGAGCUCUGGAGGAGGAGCACCAGGAGGCCCAGGGUCAGGUGCACUGCCUCAGAGAGGAGAUGAACAGGCUUCAGGCCCAGCUGGACAGGGAGCUGGAGGCCGGAGGUCAGGCAGCACAGGCUGCAGAGGAGCAGAAGGCGACAGCUGACUGUCUCAGGCUGGAAAACAGUAGACUGAAGGCGCAGGUGGACAUUGAAAGACAAAAGGUGGGUGAACUGAAGGCCAUGCAAAGUGCCAGUGACAGCACUGAGCUGCAGAGCCUGCUGAAGACAGCCCACACCGAGAGAGACAGGCUGGAAGUGGAGCUCACUGAGCUGAGGCAGGAGCUGCUACAGGCCCAGGCCGAGACCGAGCACGUGCGAGCCACCAUGUCCAAGGUGGAGGCCAAAUGCCAGCAGGUUCAGGAGUGGGCCGAGAGGAGGGAGCAGGAGCUCGGCAGCCAGGUGACUUCCCUGGAGGAGGCCGGGAUCCAAGCUGAGAACCAGGUGAAGGAGCUGAAGGAGACCAUCUUUGAACUGGAGGACCAGGUGGAGCAGCAGAGGGCCGUCAACUGUCACACCAACCAAGCCGUCCUGGACAUGGAGAAUCUUGCCAAAAAGCUGGAGGAGCAGAAAGCUGAAGCAGAGCGACAACUGAAAGUCUUCAGUAGACAGAUGAAGGAUGAAAAAGAGGAGUGGCGCCGGUUCCAGGCGGACCUCCAGACGGCAGUGGUGGUGGCCAAUGACAUCAAGGUGGAGGCUCAGCAGGAGCUGCGUGCACUCAGGAGGCAGCUGCAGGAGGAGCAGGAUCGCAGCGCGAAGCUUUCUGCAGACCUAGAGGCCCUGCAGGGAGUCAGAAUAAGCACCGGAGCCACUUUUGAUACCAAGACGGCAGUAGAGGGGCACUAGAGAAGUGCCCUCACCUCAGCACCAGUGAAGACAGUGUUAUUGUUGCACUUAUUGGCUUUCUGUGUCUUUCAAAAUGUAACGUGGUGAACCAGUCUCUUUGUAAGCCACAGUGAGCAGUGCAGACACAAACAGUCUGGUUUCCAUUUCUCUCUUUACAUUUUGGAACCUGUUGAAUAAUAAUACUGUGUUUUUAUUUCUCGAUGAAUGUACUCUUUUAUGUUUGUAAUUUUCUCGACUUGUGUUGAAGAAAUGCCAUAUGUUUGAGAGACUCUCCUUUUUAUACUGUGCAAAGCUGCUUUGUGCCUUUUUAGAGAGUUGAGAAGAUAGGAAGUGUGUGACCUGUGACAGAAAAAAACAAAACAGGAUGAAGUAUGAAAAAUACUGGUAAAUGUUCAGCCAGUGGUGAAACUGAAACAGUGAAGGUUCCCAUCAUUCUGCCGACAAAGACAGAAAAUCCAUGUUUCAAGGCAAGAAAAACGCAGCAGAAUUAACAUGACUCAAAAACUAGGUGACUCUUUUCUUUCUAUUUCUGUAUCAGUCAAAUUAGUGUCACUUUGACCUCUUUGUUCAGUUUAAAACUUUACAUUUAUCUGAUCUGUAAAAACAAAACUUCACUUUACUUUAAAACUAAAGUUUGGUCUUUGUUCUGUAGUUGGAGUAAAAGUGAAUGCGGUGUCACAUUUAGCCAGUAGAUGGCACUACAGAACACACAAUUACCACAAACAGGUGACUUCCAUGUGGAUCCUCUGUGUAUCCUCUGCUCUCUUUGUCUAUCUUACAUUUACACGGUAAUGCAUACCGUAUUAUUAUUAUGAUGUCUUUCUGCCAGAUAAAAUAAGCAGAGCGAUAUCCGUGCCGGCAGAAACAGAGCACUGCCAAAAAAUUAGAUUUUUAUUACUGCCACAAACACUGACAGCUGUACCUCAGAGUCAUUUUUACUCACCUCAAACCAACCAGAAGGUUGACGGUCCAUUUUAACUCAAAGACCAAGAAGACUGUGCCGCAGGUUCCUGGAGGGAUUAUUUUUAUCCUUUCAAAGCAGAUGUCAAAUGAUGAGUUUCUAACAUUCCACUUUUACUGACAAAUUAUAGAUAGACAAUAGAUAUACAGUGAGGUCCAAAAGUCUGAGACCCCUUGGACCCCACUGUAUGGAUUGAAAACCUCUGUUUGGUUGAUUAUAGAAUCGACCACAUCUGACUUAUCUGAAUGUCAGAGGUUGCGUGAGGCUCAGACGCUUCCUCCCUAUCGAUCUAGAUUUCACUCUGUUAAAUAUAUUUAGAGAUUAUCUUCAACAUCCUUUUUAUUUUGUCAGAUACUCAAACCCUGCCAUGUCACUAAUUUUGAUGUGGUAAGAUAAGUCACUUAUCACACGGUCAUUUUAUCACGAUUGAGCCAAACCCUUACAGGACAUUCUGUGAUGUAACACGAUGGCUCACGGUUUCAGGAUCUCAGGUUCUACUUAAAAGUCCAACUUUUAUCACAGAUAUUCAAUUUGUGCAUUUUUUUUUAAUUAAAAGCCAUAUUGUUCGACCAGAUGAUGGUACUGGUGCUCAACAUGUAAACAUUUGGAUAUGCCCAAAAAAAAAAAAACAACAACA